AGACUCUUCUGCUGAAAAAGGCGUCUUUUAGUAUGUCAGCUGACGAGCGUCUUCUGCCGUCUUGAUAACAGCAACACAUCAAAAUGUCGUGUGAAACCAUUUUUAAAGACAUUUGCCGAAUUCAUGCCAGACUUUUUGAUCACAGACCAGCAUUCCAAGGUCAUGCAAACUUCUUUGCUAAGGAGUUUGAGGAGAAACGGGGUGACAGGGAAAAAUUGCGUCUGGAUCGUGUGCUGGAGAUUGUCACUAACGCAAAAGAUCAUGUUCUUCCAGAAACAGAUACUGUUUUUAGUGAUAAUCUAAAGGUCAUUGCAGAGAAAGUAGGGGCUGCUGCGGCUACCUGUCAACAUAUUCUAGCAAGGCAAGAAACCAGAAAAUCUCAGUUUUUAGAGACCCAACGGGAAGCUCGGCAACAGGCUUUUGAACAGUUUAUGCAACAGCAGUGUUUUCGCAGUGCACGUAUUGACCAGCAGUUUGAUGAGAACAUCAAGCUUUUCAACAGCAGCUACGACGACCUCAAUGAUCAACUGGAGAAGGGUGUGCCGUUCUCAAGCCAAACAUACUACAAGUUUAUGGCUCUUGGAAAGGAGUUCAGUUAGCCCCGUUAACUAACAACUUGUGAUAAUGACCACAGAAAACAUUUACUGAACCAAAUUAGAGGCAAUUCUAAGGGACUGCAGAGUACGCGAAAAGAAAGAAGACAAUCCCAUACUUCAGCAUUCUGAAAAAUUCUUAUCAGAAGCAGAGCAGUAAGUGAACAUGCAUUCAUAUGUGUAAGAGAAUCUGAAAUGAUCAUGUUCCAUCAGUUAAUCUGUUGCCUUUCUAAUUAGGUCUCUCAUGCAUGCAGGCAAGUGCAGGAUACUGUACACUCUUACUCCAUGCUGUAGAUGUCAGCAUGACAGAUUAUGAAUAUUUGAUACAUGAUAUCUGGUGUGUCCUAAAAGAAAUUGGGAAUGUAUAAAUAUGUAUAUAAAAGAUGAUUCAUUUCAUCUUUUUGGAAAUAAUAGACUGUUGAUUAUUUUGUUACUAGCCAGGGUACAUGGCUUCAUCCUGGUUGAUUUGUGCCACAGUCCAGCUGUGAUUUUAUUUUCAACUUUAGAUCUUUGUUUUUAAUAUAUUGACAGUGUCAUUGUACCAAAGUAGUGAAACACUUGUACUGUUGAUGUCUCUUCCCUCACUUUAAAGGUUAAGUUCAUAUUCAGCAGAGGAGGCAUGACAUUUUGAGUGAAGGGGGAGAUGGAAAAUGCAGUGAUGCUAGCAGCCAAGGAACUUGCUCACUUGGGCUUGCUCCCUUCCUCCCCUCUCUGUCUUACUCAUUCACUUUCUCAAAUUAUAACAAAUUUCUUCAUUUUGUGUCAAGUUGUUAUGCAUUAUACAUGUACGUUGAAAUUUCUAUGGAGUAUUUUUCCAUUUGGAAUAGUUAGUAACAUCUUAAAACUAAGAAAAUAAAAAUAUUCUGGGAUAACAUACACCAGCCAAACAUCAUCCAUGGCCCGAACAGUACAGGAAUAUUCCUGACGAGUUUGAGGACUGGGUAAUCAUGCAGUUUUGCAUAGCUUUCAAGUCCCAUCCAACCUGUUCAUCUUCACUAUAUAUUGCUACACUCUGCUUUAUUUUGUUCAGAAGACAAACUUUUUUUUUUUUCGGUUAUUUAAGACUUUACUAAGAGAUAGAAUAAAUUUGAAAUGGAGAAAACAGAGGGAGAAUGUACAUCUACAACUUACUUUAUAGUAAAGGAUUUAUAUGAACGUUUAUGUAUUUUGAUGCUAUGUUCAUGGUUAUGUUCCUAGAAAAGGAAUAAAGGUUUGAAUGGA